GAGGCGCCUUCGAGGAACGACGAAAGGACCCUAUAGUUGGAGGCUGCGCUGGUCGGGGCCCAGGAGCGACCUAGGACCGGAAGAGUCAAGCUUUGGGUCGUCGGGAAGCAGUUUAAGGAGCAAAGAAGGAGAAUGGACAUUUGCCUACUGAUCAGCGAGGUUUGCAGACACAGAAUAUGUGGCUACUGGCUUCUUAGCUUUCUGGUUGGCCUUCCUUCGAGAAACAUCUUAGGCUUCACAGUACCUGCUGAAAAUUAUACUUCAAAAGGUCCUGUCCCGCUUAUCAUUGAGACCCGGGAACAUGUGUAUGAAUACAUGCCUGCAGCUUUGGACUGGUGGCAUGCGGACAGGUACUGCCAACAGCGUUUUGCUCAGUUGCUCUCGGAGACCUGGGAUGGUGAGUUGGCAUCUCUCAGCAAAAAACUGCAGUCCCACCAAAUCCGAAACACCAUCUGGUUAAAUGACGAGGAGGCAUUUCUGCAGAGACCCAAGCAGAGGCGAAUUCACUCCUCUCCUGUCCUGGUGUUCAAAAACAAAACAGACACAAAGUUCGUGAAGGUUCUGAUGGAUUUCCCAGUGAUGCCAGCUGUGAGCGCCUGUGCCCACAUCCAGUGGGACCCUGGGGCUGUGGAGAUUUCCACUAUCUUCUCGUACGCAGUCCCGGCCUUCAUCAAUGAGUUCCAGCUGCGUGGCUUCAUUGACGAAGAUGGCUUCAUCCGGUUUGCCAUCAUCAUUCAUGGACAUCACUCUCCAUACCUGCCAGUGUUCCGCAGUGACGGACAGUGGCAUCACUUUUGUGUCACAUGGCAGCUUCACAAUGGCACAUGGGCAAUCUAUGCCGAUGGGAAGGAGAAGGCCUCUGCCGUGGGGCUCUCUGCUUCACAAGCCAUUUAUGGCCUUGGGACUUUCAUUAUUGGGCAAGAUCAAGAUUCCCUGGGUGGAGCCUUCAAGGAGAAAGAGUCAUUCAGUGGGAACCUCACAGACCUGCAUCUUUGGCAGAGAGUCCUCAGCAGGGAGCAGAUGGAGAAAGUGCGUUCCUGCCUCUCAGUUGAGGAAGGGCUUGUCUUUGGCUGGAGUGCUGACAUCCUGGAUGUUGAAGUAAGCGUCCAGCAGGCUAUGCUGCAGCUCACCUGUCCAGGGCCUGUGGAGGAAUGCCAUGUCUUCAGAGUUGCCCCUGGAAUCCUCACUUAUGCCUCUUGCCUGCAGCCAUUACCCUUUGUCUGCCACUACAGAAAAGAUCUUUAUUACCAUCUGAAGGAAAUGCAGUCAAGCUCCAACCAUUUGUUCAUAGCUCAAGUUAACAGGCGGGCAAACACCACAGUGAUUCCUGAAAGCGUCUUCCAGGCAGAGGCUCAAGGCCUGAAUCUGUUAGCAGCCACUGAAUUCUUGGGGGUCGUGGAGACAGUCCUGACAGAGGCUGAGCCACCCACUCUGGACACAGCUGCUCUCCUGGGCGUCUUCCAGUUGCUGAGCAAGGUCUCUGACCUUGAAGUCCCCAAGGAGCCAAAGCAGCUAGCCAUGCUGGAGCAGCUGGGCCAGCACUACGCGGAAAUUGCUGGGAUAAUUCUGGAGGAGCAAAAUGCCAAGGAGUGGUCUGAGAUCCAACCGAUCAUCGGGGGGCCCAUGACAGUCGUGGACAACAUGGACAAGAUGGUUUCCAGCCUUCAGCAACUUCUGAGCACGGAGAGGCCCAGAGUCACCAUCAAGAAUAAGAACAUUGGAAUCGAAGUGCGAUGCAUUGAACUUGGCACGUUUAUGACUGACCGUGCUGCAUACAUCAUGCCAAGCCAACAUGGAGAGAAGCCUGACCAAAUUGAGGUUCCUGCAGAAGAAAUGGAGAGGCUGAGCUUGAGAGGCCUGCAUCGAAUCACAGUAACUAACACCUGGUACAACUACGGCUCCCUCCAGCACCUUCUUGGCAGCGGCAGUGCUGUGUUCAAAGAUGCAGCCGUGUCGGAUGGAGGCAGAAGGUAUCUGAGUACCCAGGUGAGUUCCUCCAUCAUCUCUUCCACCGUGGUCAGUGACUAUGAAGAGAUCAGCACCUCCGUGCAUUACCGUCUCCAGCAUCAAGCACAAGUCCAGGGCCUGCCUGAGCAGCUGGUGGAGCCAGUGUGUGCCUUCUGGGACUUCAGCAGAAGUCCUGAAGCUGGUGGAGGGUGGUCCUCCACAGGCUGCUCCGUCAUAACCUCCCACACGGAAUUUACCUCCUGCUUCUGCAACCACACCACCAACUUUGCAGUGCUGCUGCAGAUCUAUGAGGUGCAGAGGAGUGCAGAAGAGGAAUCAACCUUGAAGACCCUGACUUUUGUUGGCUGCGGUGUUUCGUUCUGUGCCCUGAUUGUCACCUUCAUUCUCUUCCUGGCUGUCGGUGUUCCCAAGAGCGAGCGGACCACCGUGCACAAAAACCUGAUCUUUGCUUUAGCAGCUGCAGAAGCCUUGCUUAUGUUCAGUGAACUGGCCAAAACCAACCAGGGAGUGUGUUUUGCAGUCACUGCCUUCCUCCAUCUCUUCUUCAUGGCUGCCUUUGCCUGGAUGCUGGUGGAAGGGCUUCUCCUCUGGAGCAAAGUGGUUGCUGUGAACAUGAGCGAGGAUCGACGGAUGCGGUUCUAUUACGUGACCGGAUGGGGGCUUCCAGUUGUUAUUGUUGGUGUGACUCUGGCAACGUCAUUCAACAAGUAUGUGGCAGACAAUCACUGUUGGCUGAAUGUGCAAACGGACAUCAUCUGGGCCUUUGUUGGGCCAGUCCUCUUUGUUCUAACGGUGAACACCUUUGUGCUUUUCCGCGUGGUGAUGGUUACGGUCUCCAGUGCACGACGGCGCACAAGGAUGCUGACACCCAACAGCAGCUUGGAGAAGCAGAUUGGCAUCCAAAUCUGGGCAACCGCUAAGCCUGUCCUGGUGCUGCUGCCCGUCCUUGGUCUCACCUGGGUGUGCGGUGUCCUGGUGCACCUCAGCAUCACCUGGGCCUACAUCUUCAUAGUGCUGAAUUCCCUCCAGGGUCUCUACAUAUUCCUGGUCUAUGCAAUCUACAACAGUGAGGUGCGAAAUGCCAUCCAGCGGAUGAAAGAAAAGAAGAAAGCUCUCUCAUUCACGAACUGCUCCCACCCCAUCAAUUACCUGUCAAGUCCAAGAAACACAUCCUGGGAAAUGGGCAAGUUCUGCCCUUCCACACCCGACAGUGCUGCCUCUCCCCAUGUAGAGAAAGACCUAUCGGUGGACAUCAACCACAAGAACAUCAGCAACAAAGGGAACUUGAGUGCCAAACUCCCAAUGGGGAUUUCCUCAGUUAUGUCACCAGAGAGACCGGCUGUGCAACUGACUGCAUUCAAAUCAUCAGGUUUCUGAGGUGUUCGUUAUCUCCUCCAUCCACCCCAAGGUAGCACAACUUUGGAAGAAUUUCUUCAGGCAGAAGACAGGAUCAAGGAACCUGCAGGCGACCAGGUUCAGUUUCGUUCAGAUCUGGCAGCAAAUGGGCAUUGUUUUGCUUAUAGCUAACUGGGCAGAUGGUCUUCAAUACACUGUCCUCCCAUAAUGGUAUUUAUCUAUUUUGGGCAAUGUUUGGUGGUUUUUUUAGGGUGCAUUGCUGGUCUUGACUGUUCAUGGACCCAGGAGACCAAACUAUUUAUCUGGGCAAGGAGGACUGAGGUAACCUAUGUGCCUCUAUAAGAAAUCUGCCAUAAGUUUCUCUUGUCAUUGAUGGAUUGUCACACUUAUUGGGAAUCAUCUGCUGGGGAAGUUCUCUACCAUGUCUAUGAGCUCCUCCCAUUAUUUCAGUGGUAUUUGUGUUGGAGGACUUCUUCCCCUUUUGACCACUCUCAUGACUCUGGAAAUAUUUUUCUUCCAAAGUAGCCUAUAAUUGUUUCCUAGUGGAUCCUGCCUGUUCUGAUGGCAGUGAUAUGACUGCAGGCCCCCAAGGGACUUUGCAGUUCUGUCUUGCCCCUGUCAUUCUGCCUCCCAAGGCUUCCAUCUCUUUCUCAACUGGCCAUGUGUUGGUGCAGACUACUCUGGCUGCAUCAGUGACAUUGGUGGAUUAAAACCUGUAUUUAACUCCACCUCUCUGGAUUUGGUGUCUGUCUGAAUUGUCCUUUCCCCAUGCAUAUGCCUGGAUGCCCCUGGAACUGAUGCAUUAGAAAUCUGUAAAAAGUUUGUUGUUUUUCAAUUAAGACAAGGUUUGUGAGUUAAAA